GUAAAGCUUCGAGAGUGUUGCCCAUUCAACAGACAAUCGAGUGUCAUUCAACAGGUCAUCGCUUCAAUAAUUAAUAUACUAAUAUAUAAUGAAACGCCCAUCAACAACCCCGCUGCCUGCGCCAAAGGUCCGUAAGCAGGCACCUGUAGACGACUAUAAAGCUGGCAAAAGCAAGGCCACUCCAACUAUGACUGCUUCAAAAUUCUCCAAGGAUACUACGGCCUCUUCAACCGAACCUAAAUCAAUUUUAAAGAAACCUCUUGGCACAGAUGUAUCAACCUCAAAACCAAAAGGCUCAAUCUCAGGAGCCUCCAUUUUGAAGGCGAAUACACAGGCUAACAGAUCAUCGUCAUCAAGAUCAGACUCAAAGAACGAAAAGCCAAAGGCAAUUGCUGUCAGGGCCACUCGAGGCGAUAUCACAGGAGGAAUGGGCAGGAGGAAAAGGAAGGCACCAGAAGAUGGUGAUGAGAAAGAAGUGAAUAGUGGUGAUGAUAGCGAAAGUGAAAACGAUGGAGAGGAUGAACGGGAAUCGGAUGAUGAAGAGGAAAACGAUGAUGACACCGACAACAUGCCCACAUCUGCUGCGAAGAAGAUAUCUGGCAAGAACACGGAAGAGAACAUGGCUGAAGCCAUGUCCAGGAUUUUGGGCUCAACAUUGCGCAAGGCUGAUGCAAGCACACCUAUUCUGGCGAAGUCUCGUGGAGUGGAGCGCAAACUUGAGGAAGAAAAAAUGGAGGCUAAAGCCAGGAGAGCUAUUACGAAUGAAAAGAAGCGAUUGGCCAGUAAGGAUCGUGUCAAACCCGACUAUACUGGAAUGGAAUAUGAGAAGAAAUUGCGCAAGGUUGCAACUCGCGGUGUGGUCCAAUUAUUCAAUGCAAUUAAGGCACAGCAGAAAGUAACAGAGGAUUUGACAGAAAAAGCCCGCCCUAUUACAACUAACGCUAAGGAUAAAGUUGCAAAUUUGACGAAAACCAGUUUCUUAGAUCUACUCAAAGCUGGUACUAAAGUCUCAACACUUUAACUUUUGAAUAAGGGACUACUAGAUUAACUUACUGCAGAGUAAC